GAGCCAGGCGAUGUCCGACGCUUCCGUAUCUCGUCGCAAAGACAUGUGAGCCAGCCUUUCCGCUGCCGGUCAAAUUCCCAAAUUUUGUAUCUGACCAAGAACCGAAGCGUCGUGGGCUUGGACUGGGGUAGUACUUCUGUUCGAUUAGUCGUCUGCUCUUUGCCUUCCGACGACGAGGAUUAUGUCUCGCAACCAGAGGUGUUGUUUAAUCAGAGAAACUUAGAAACUCAAGAUGGCACCCGCUACGAAAAGGGCGCUUUCAACGGGUAUAUCAACAUUUCAGGGACUGAAGAGGUCUACACUGGUGAUGAGCUAAGCCCCUCAACCACCCAGGUCUCGGCCAAGUUCUUCCUCGGUGAUGGUUUCCUAGACACGUUUAGGGACUUUGCCAAUGGAGAGAAUUCUCUCCGAAUGGAAGCCUUGAAAAAUAUCAACAGCGCCGACUUUGAAGAUCGGGCAACGAAGGGUUUGAAGAAAAUUCUCAAAGCUGUCUUCCUUCGGCUGGAGUCUGAAUCCCAGAAGAGAAGUAAGCCCCUGAGGAUUGUGGACUUUGGUCUGUCAGUUCCUGCUCACUGGACGCUCGUAGAGCACGAAAGAUACAAGGCUAUUAUCAAAGACACCUUAGAAAAGGAUUCAACAUUGCUUACCAGUCGGUCGUUCGACCUCGACCAUAUCUUUGAUCAUCUCCAUUUCCACACAGAAGCCGAGGCGAUGGCUCACUUCAUCUGCUCAGACGAAUACGUCGCGGAUAAAAGACUAGGAAGGGAUGACAGCCAAUAUGUUCUUUUUCUCGACUUCGGCGGACACAGCAUGAAUGGCUGCCUCUACUACGUGAGAAGGGCCAGAGGUAAAACAGCUCUUUUCAGAGCUAGCGAUCCAAUUGCAACGGUUGGCGGCUCGGCCUUGUUGGAGACAUCUGUUGGCGAUUUCUGUACCAGUCACGCUGAAUCGGACACCGGCGAACUCGGCAGCAAUGAAUUCACGCAAUUGCUUCGAAACGAGUUCCUGAAAGAGUUCCGUACGCGCCUGAUAGCUCUUGGAAACAAGGAACCGUUCAGAGAAGAGGCCGCGGACAAGUUCAAGGUGGAGUUCGAAGACAUGAAUCUGACUAUCGAGAGGCCGAGUGGGUAUUCUUCAGCUUCCAAACGUUUUCACGUGACUAUCCCGCGCCUUGACCUCACCACAAUGUUCCGAAAAGCCUUUUUACGGCCACUGCUUGAAGCUGAAAAGGGCAUCAGAGACUUGAAAGCUAAAAUCGCGUCAACUCAGGCAGGCAUCAGAGGUCGAAUUGUUGUUUCUGGGGGCGGUGCUAAGAACCAAAGGGUCAAGUACUACUUGUACGAGGUUGUCGAGAAGAUUUCCCAAGGCGGAGCAUCUCCCCCUAUAGUCUACCUGGACAAGGAACCAGAAACCCCGUACGAAUCAUUCAACACUGCCAAAGGAGCAGCAAUAGCAACAGCCAAAGCCCACCAAACAAUCGCAACCUACAUCAAAAACGGUGCUGCUUUCGGAAUGCAAGUGCAGAGAGGCCGCGGUGGCGGCGGCGAUGCAGAGUGGGACGAAAUUGCUACGAUACUUCUGGCCAACACCGUUCAGGAUAGUCUGUGA